AUGGCAGCGAUGUCGUUCCUCGCGCUGGUGCUGGCCGUCCUGGCCAUGGCAGUCUCAGCGCAGAACCCCGCUGGUACGACAAAACCUUCGCCGCCCUCCGCCGUUUUCCAGAGCAGAACUGCAACACUCCUCUUCCAUCUCUGUGGCAGGGUUCAUCAGCAUCGACUGUGGUCUCGACGACGACUCUGGCUACACAGACAAGGAUACAAAGAUCCUCUACUCGCCGGACGAGCCCUACACCAGCGCCGGAGUGAACAGGAAGGUCUCUCCUAGCACCAAUCUGACGUCGAUCAUGUCCUACUACGCCAACGUCCGGAGUUUUCCCAACGGGGCUCGCAACUGCUACACGCUGAGGCCGCUGGUGCGGGGCGCCAAGUAUCGGGUGAACGCGGAGUUCUUGUACGGGAACUACGACGGUCUGGGUCGGCCACCGACGUUCGACUUAUACCUGGGCGUCAACCUGUGGGUGACCAUGGAAGCCGGCGACUUCAAUCGGGCGGAGAUCAUCGCUCUCGCCGCCACCGAGGGCAUGCAGGUCUGCCUGGUGAACACGGGAAAUGGAACGCCCUUCAUAUCCGCGCUCAAGCUGCGGCCCCUUCCAAAUUCCAUGUACACCGUGGUCAACUCGUCCCAGUCUAUCGUCUUCCUCGGGGUUCGAAGAAACUACGGAGGGGAAGACCAGAUCAAGUCCUCUCUCUCUCUAGUUUGCUAGCCGUCUAUCUCUACCUAUCUAUCUGCCUCUCUCUAAAAAACUCUCGUACAGGUACCCGGCCGACCCCUACGACCGCCUGUGGCACCCUGUGACACUAGGCAGAAGGAUAAGCACUAACGCCACAGUGAAUCCGGUGGACGGCUAUGGCUUUGUGGCGCCGGAGGCCGUCAUGAAGACGGCGGUGACGGCAGCGUCUCUGUCAGAGAGUUUGAACAUCACAAUUCCCGGGAUCCCCGAUGCGACCAGCUGCUUGGUCAUGUACUUCGAGGAGCUCCAGGAGCUGAGGGCCGAUGAGAUUAGGGAGUUCGACAUCUACGUGGGCAGCAGGCUGUUCUUCGGCCGGUUAAGGCCCAGCCCCCCCCUGGAUCCGCACCUUAUCUACACGAUCCCGCCGGGCCCGCCAGGGCAGCAGACCUACUACCUUCGGGCCACGGCCAACUCAACUCUGCCUCCCAUAAUCAACGCCCUCGAGACGUACGUAGUGCGACAGCUAACCCUGAUCCCGACCGACGAGGGCGAAGGUGAGCCCCUCUGGCUUCUUCCCUCAGGAACAUCUUCAACACAAACAGUUAUCAUUCAUGAGAUUCGUCGAUACACUUUGAUUAUACCACCAUGAGAGGAAUAGUCAAGGGAAGUAGAAUAAUCCUCAAUUCUUUCUUCUUUCUCAUCGAUCAUGAAUGAAAAUAUGCAUAGUAAAUUAAUCUUCACCUAUAUAAAUCUCUGCAUUCUUACUUACUCUUGGUCACCCGCCUGGAUGGCAGUGGAGGCCGUCUCAAAACUCAAGGACUUGUAUCAAGUAAAGAGGAACUGGGAGGGCGAUCCGUGUGUUCCACAAAACUUCACCUGGGAGGGCCUGGAAUGCAGCGUCAAUGCCUCUGAUCACUGGAGGAUAACUUCUUUGUGAGUUAUGGCAGUAUGAUCAACUGAAUUCUUUUCCUAAGUCACCAGGCUUGAAAUAAUAUGGGACCAAAGAAUGAAAUUAUCUUGGUUUGCAGAAACCUGUCUCACAGCGGAUUGAGCGGUGGAAUUCCUCCUUUUAUAGCCAAGUUCACGAACUUAAGAUCCUUGUGAGUUCAUUUCAAAAUCCUGAGCGUGCUUUCCCCAUCCUGUUUGACCAAUAUUCUAUGGAGCAUGAAAAAACGGCAAGUUAAGGAAGUCGCAUGGCUCUUUUUAAAUGAAAAAUGUUUCAGAUCAACUAUAUAUAGUUUCUUUUUUUCAAGGCAAAUAAGAGUUUGUGCUAAUCUGAUGUAACGAGGGUUAAAGGUUGCUAUCAAAGCUAAUACAUUCCAAGCAAGAAAAUAGACAAUUUUACACUUUAUAUUCGUCUACUCCUUUCAGGGAUCUAUCGUAUAACAACUUUACAGGUGAAAUACCUGCUUACAUGGAGGAACUGCCAGCUCUCAAAAUCCUGUAAGUUUUAAAACUUUGAACUCUCCAGUUUGGUUCUUCAUCCAGGGAGUAUCGGAUGGUUAGAUAUUCCCUCUCUGCAGGAACUUGGAAAGCAAUAAUUUGAAUGGGACUGUUCCGAAAACUCUUUACAAAAGAUCACAAGAUGGAUCACUACUACUGCUAAGGUGAACUCUGCAUCCAUGAUCAUUGGAUAUAUGCCUCGGUAUUAGUAAUUUCAAACAAAAAGUCAUGCUAACAAGGGGGAAAAUAUCAUUAAAAAAAUCCAUAAAUCUUGAUCUUUUCCCACUAUUGAGUUGCUCCAAACUCCAAGUUUCUUAUCCACCAAGCCUCACAAAAGAUAGUUGAUACAAAGUCUUAGGUGGACGAUAGAAAAAAUUCAGAGAUGGCUAGUACCGAAGCACUAGGAAAAUAUUAUUUCUUCUGGCUAGCUUUGUAUGCUUUCGUUUCAAAAAAUUCCUUGAGACAGGACCGACCAGGUAUUAUCAAAAUUAUUUUUAUUUUCCAAAAUAUGGUCCUUACAAAUAAGCAAAACAUUAAUUAUUAAGUAUUCCCCAUACUGAAACAAAACCGGUGCCUGGUUCGCAUUAGAACAUCGAAUAUGACUGUGUCACACACAUCAACUAGAAAAAAAAAGAAUAGUCUCUCACUGCACUCUCAAUCUUUAGUUAAAUUUGCAUAAAUCAAUCUGGACAAACAGUAAAUUCGGGUAUGGAUGGUAUCUUCACCCUAUUCUGACACUUACGAUGUUAAAAUUUUAGGAUCAACAACAAUCCAAUUCUAUGCAGCACGGUGAGUCUCUGUGAAUCAACAGCAACAACAAAGAAGAAAAAGAUUAUCAUUCCCAUUGCAAUAGCUAUUUCCACCUCCUUUCUACUACUUCUGAUCGUCACCAUAAUAUGUAUCCGGAAAAGAAGAAGAACGGAGAAAACACAAAACCCUACACAAGGUAUAUAUCUAUAACUUCUGUUACUUUUUAACUUCAUCAAGUCUACAUCAACACUUGUUGGAAGCCCAAUCACACUGUUAUCUUAACAUUAUAUUUUAUUGCAGUAGAAUUAUACAGGGAGCAACGAGGAGGGGAUGGUAACCGCCAGUUAGUGGGGAAGGAAAAUAGGCUGCUUUCUGAAAGUGACCAAUUUUCAACAUCUGAUAUAGUAAAUAUCACAAAUAAUUUUGACCGACCAAUUGGAAGAGGAGGUUUUGGAACUGUCUACUAUGGUCGUUUAAAAGAUGAAACUGAAGUUGCGGUGAAAGUACUUUCUACAUCAUCAACACAGGGAGCGAAGGAGUUUAGAGCUGAGGUAACUCAUAGUGACUGAAAACGAAAUCCCAAUUGUAGAUAAAUUAUAUUCUACUUAGAACUGAGGCAAGGCCCAGUGCUUAUUUGUUUGUAUGCAUAAAAAUGACAUGUAUCUUGGAAUUUCAGGCUCAACUCUUGAGGAGAGUACACCAUAGAUAUCUGGUAUCAUUGCUAGGAUAUUGUAACAAUAACCUAGCACUGGUCUAUGAAUUCGUGCCUCAGGGUUCCCUUGCGGAUCAUCUCUCAGGUUCUUCUUACACAAAACACCAAUCACAUAUGAGAAAAAUGCCAUGUUUCUCACUGAACCUUCUUUCUUUUGUACGCCUCUCAAGUUCUCAUAUGUCAAUCAAUCAUACACAGGUGACUCUGCCAAUAUUAAUAUCUUAAGUUGGAGAGCACGACUCCGCAUAGCACUUGAAGCCGCACAAGGUCCAUUCUUCAUACAUCAUUGAUCUUUCUUCCUCUUACUAUUUCUUAUGUUUUAUUCUUGUAAUGAUAUAUGAUGGUCAUAUUUUAAUUUCCAGGACUUGAUUAUCUGCACUGUGGUUGCAAGCCACCCAUUGUUCACAGAGACGUCAAGCCUUCAAAUAUCCUCUUAACCAACAACUUUGAAGUCAAACUAGCGGAUUUUGGGUUGUCCAGGUCUUUCACCGAUGAAGAGGCUACUCACAUAUCAACUUUAAUUGCAGGAACUCCUGGAUACCUUGAUCCUGAGUAAGUCAUAGAAAAUUCAUCUUUUGUUCAUAGAGGCAAAGGAAUAGCCUCAUCUUGAGCAUUUUCUCAAUUUUUCGUAUUCUUUCUGUGCAGGUAUUACAAAACAAGUAGGUUGAAUGAGACAAGUGAUGUUUACAGCUUCGGGAUCGUACUACUAGAGCUUGUAACAGGAAAACCACCAAUUGCUAACGAUUCCAAGAGAACUCACAUAACUCAGUACGUGCAGUCCAGAUUGGAAAGAGGAGAUGUAGCCGAUAUUGCAGAUCAAAGAAUGUGUGGUGACUACGAUGUUAAUUCCAUAUGGAAGGUAAUAGAGAUCGCACUGUCAUGCACAUCACCCAACUCUGGCGAUAGACCAACUAUAAGCACUGUGGUUGUCCAAUUAAAGGACUGUCUAGUAGUUGAAUCAUCUGGGGACUUCCUAGAUUAUAUUACUACAGAUACAAUGGCUAUUCUUCCUCCCAAUUCAUUUGCAAGUAUCAGCCCAUCUGUACGAUAG